CUCAUAUCUUGGCAGCUGUUAAUACUUCCUUCCUGAGCAAAUCUGACCAUUGGGCCGCACCCUGUGUUCAGUCACUUUGUCAGACUCCAUUUUGAGUCGGAAAACUGAAGGCUGAGGCAGGACUGACUGAAGUUCAAAGAUGAGUGUUCGUGUGAAGGAAGCGGAGGGCAGAGCGGAGUCUCCAGGAUCCAGCUGUCUGUCUAUGAAGAGUGAUUGUUCCAAAUCUCACCCUCUGACCUUCAGUAAUCAAGCUGGACCCUCUGACACAAACCUUCAGUACAACAAACAGAGAGCCGAUUCUCCAGGAUCUAGCUGUCUGUCUCUAAAGAGUGAUUGCUCCAAAUCUCAUCCUCUGACCUUCAGUAAUCAACCUGGACCCUCUGACACAAAAUUUCAGUACAACAAACAGAGAGCCGAUUCUCCAGGAUCUAGCUGUCUGUCUCUAAAGAGUGAUUGCUCCAAAUCUCAUCCUCUGACCUUCAGUAAUCAAGCUGGACCCUCUGACACAAACCUUCAGUACAACAAACAGAGAGCCGAUUCUCCAGGAUCUAGCUGUUUGUCUCUAAAGAGUGAUUGCUCCAAAUCUCAUCCUCUGACCUUCAGUAAUCAACCUGGACCCUCUGACACAAAAGAGAGGAGGAGGGGUCAUGUUCCUGUGGAGGAGCAGCUGUCCUGCUGUGCUUUGUGUCAGGACGUCCAGAAGGAUCUGGUCUCUACCAGCUGUGGACACUGGUUCUGCAGACAGUGCAUCACCUGGGACCAGUCUGCUUCAUCAGGAGACUCUUCCUGUCCCCAGUGUAGAUCUUUAUCUAAAACGAGACCAGGACUGCAGACAGCCAGCCAGACCACCGCUGUACAAAUGAGUGAUGGUCUGCAGGAGGUUCUAGAUGAACAUAAGGUCAGUCUGAAGACGAGAUAUGAAUGUGUGAAUGAAGGAACAGAUGAAACAGGAGGUGGAACCCUCCUCAACAGGAUCUACACUGAGCUAUACAUCACAGAGGGACAGAGUGAAGAGGUUAACACCCAACAUGAGGUGAGGCAGCUUGAGACAGCUUCUAAGAUGGAGACCCUCCAUGACACUCCGAUCAAGUGCCACGACAUCUUUAAAGCCUUACCUGACCAACAGAGACGCAUCAGAGUCGUUCUGACGAACGGCGUCGCUGGUGUUGGAAAAACCUUCUCAGUGCUGAAGUUCACUCUGGACUGGGCAGAGGGCUCGGAGAACCAAGAUGUCAGUCUGGUGGUUCUGCUCUCGUUCAGGGAGCUGAACCUGAUCAAAGAUGAGCAGUACAGUCUUCUCUCGCUGAUCCAUGUUUUCCAUCCAACAUUACAGAAGGUCACAGCAGAGAAGCUCGUUGUCUGUAAACUUCUGUUCAUCUUUGACGGCCUGGAUGAAAGCAGACUUUCAUUGGAUUUCAACAACAAAGAGAUCGUGUCUGAUGUCACACAGGAGUCAUCAGUCAACGUGCUGUUGACAAGCCUCAUCAAGGGGAAUCUGCUUCCCUCGGCUCUCAUCUGGAUAACUUCUCGACCUGCUGCAGCCAAUCAGAUCCCUCCUUCAUGUGUUGACAGGGUAACAGAAGUACGAGGCUUCACUGAUGCUCAGAAGGACGAGUACUUCAGGAGGAGAGUCAGUGAUGAAGAUCUGUCCAGCAGAAUCAUCUCACACAUCAAGACCUCCAGGAGCCUCCACAUCAUGUGUCUGAUCCCAGUCUUCUGCUGGAUCACUGCUACAGUUCUGGACCACAUGUUGACCACAGACCAGAAAGAAGAGCUGCCCAAGACCCUGACUGACCUGUACUCACACUUCCUGCUGGUUCAGACAAAGAGGAAGAAGCAGAAGUACAAUGGGGCACACAAGAAGAAUCGACAGAAGCGUCAACAGAAUUUGACGAAGGCUGACAGGGAAGUUCUUCUGAAGCUGGGGAGGCUGGCGUUUGAACAGCUGGAGAAAGGAAACAUCAUGUUCUACCAAGAAGACCUGGAGCAGUGUGGUCUGGAUGUCACAGAGGCCUUGGUGUACUCAGGAGUUUGUACAGAGAUCUUCAAAAGAGAGAGUGUGAUCUUCCAGAAAACAGUCUACUGCUUUGUUCAUCUGAGCAUUCAAGAGUUUCUGGCUGCAGUCUACAUGCUCCACUGUUACAUCAACAAGAACACAAAGGUACUGAAUGACUUCCUAAAAGACAACAAAUACAGUGACUCAAAACCAGAGUCUUUCGGAAACAAUGAUAGCUGUGACUCAUCCCUGGAUGUGUUCCUGAGGAAAGCUAUGGAAAAAUCUCUUGAAAGUAAAAACGGUCACCUGGACCUGUUUGUUCGCUUCCUUCAUGGCCUCUCUCUGGAGUCCAACCAGAGACUCUUAAGAGGCCUGCUGGGUAAGACAGACAACAGUCCAGAAAUCAUUCAGAGAGCCAUCAACAACCUGAAGGAGAUGAACAGUGGUAAUAUCUCUCCUGACAGAAGCAUCAACAUCUUCCACUGUCUGAUGGAGAUUAAUGACCACUCAGUCCAUCAGGAGGUCCAAGAGUUCCUAAAGUCAAAGAACAGAUUAGAGAAGAAACUCUCUGAGAUCCACUGCUCAGCUCUGGCCUAUGUGAUGCAGAUGUCAGAGGAGGUUCUGGAUGAGUUAGACCUGCAGAAGUACAAAACAUCAGACCAGGGACGACAGAGACUGCUUCCAGCUGUGAGGAACUGCAGAAAGGCUGUGUAA